GGAGGAUGCUGCGGCCGCCGCGGGGCGAGGCGGCGGCGGUGGUGGUGGCAGCGGCAGGAGUAGCGGUAUUUGGUGGCACAGAGGAUGCGGCGGCGGUCGUGUCGGCAGCAGCAGGCGGAGGAGCGGGGAGCGAUGCGGUGCUGCGCGGCGGGGCCGUGGCCGCACAGCGCCCUCACCACGCUCCUGCUGACAGCUUUUUUGCUAAGCUCUGCUGAUGGCAAUAAUGGAACUGUUAACUGGACGACUAAGCGAGCCCACAGUUAUAUUAUCAGCAGAAUAAAGGCUGUUCAGAAGAAUGUGUACACAAUUCUGUCUAAGGUGCACUCUGAUCGGAAUGUAUACCCUUCUGCUGGAGUUCUGUUUGUUCAUGUUUUGGAGAGAGAGUACUUUAAGGGGGAAUUUCCUCCUUACCCAAAGCCUGGUGAAAUAAGUAAUGAUCCUAUAACAUUUAAUACCAAUUUAAUGGGUUACCCUGACAGACCUGGAUGGCUACGCUAUAUACAAAGGACACCAUACAGUGAUGGAGUGCUGUAUGGCUCACCAACUGUAGAAAAUGUGGGCAAACCAACCAUCAUUGAGAUCACUGCGUAUAACAGGCGUACCUUUGAAACAGCAAGACACAAUUUGAUCAUUAAUAUAAUGUCAGCAGAAGUAGAUUUUCCUUUACCGUAUCAAGCGGAAUUCUUCAUAAGGAAUAUGAAUGUAGAAGAAAUGUUAGCAAGUGAAGUUCUUGGUGACUUCCUCGGAGCAGUGAAAAAUGUAUGGCAGCCAGAACGCUUGAAUGCUAUAAACAUUACUUCAGCCCUUGACAGGGGAGGGAGAGUUCCACUUCCUAUUAAUGACAUGAAAGAGGGUGUGUAUGUGAUGGUUGGGGCAGAUGUUCCUUUCUCUUCGUGUUUACGAGAAGUGGAAAACCCACAAAAUCAGCUGAGGUGCAGUCAAGAAAUGGAGCCUGUAAUAACCUGUGAUAAAAAAUUUCGCACUCAAUUCCAUAUUGACUGGUGUAAAAUCUCUCUGGUUGACAAUACAAAACAAGUUUCCACCUUUCAGGAAGUGAUUCGUGGAGAGGGAAUAUUACCUGAUGGUGGAGAAUACAAGCCACCUUCUGAUACACUGAAAAGCAGAGACUAUUACUCGGAUUUCCUAAUUACACUGGCAGUGCCCUCGGCAAUAGCACUGGUGCUUUUUCUAAUACUUGCCUAUAUCAUGUGCUGCCGACGGGAAGGAGUGGAAAAGAGAAACAUGCAAACACCAGACAUCCAGUUGGUCCACCACAGUGCUAUCCAGAAAUCAACCAAAGAGCUUCGUGACAUGUCUAAGAACAGAGAGAUCGCGUGGCCGCUUUCCACGCUGCCCGUGUUCCACCCUGUGACGGGCGAGAUCGUCCCGCCCCUUCACACGGACAGCUACGACAACACCAGCAUGCCUCUGAUGCAGACACAGCAGAACCUGCCACAUCAGACUCAGAUUCCACAGCAGCAGAGUGCAGGAGAAUUUCGUAUGACAACAUUUCAAAGAUUUGAGGUAAAUGGUAUUCCUGAGGAAAGAAAACUAACAGAAGCAAUGAAUUUGUAAUCAAAGAAGGCAGCAAAUUGUCUCACUUCCUUAUUUGUUCUGGUCGAUGCAUGAGUCCCUCUGGUGUAUAUUGUGCAUGCCCACAGUAUUAUGAUGCUUUCAGUGCCAGGAGUACAAUCACUUCCAUAUAACUGAUGUACUGUAUCCUUUUGUACUUUGGACAUUUUUGACAAUUUGUAAACACUGAUAACUUUUUAUAUUUGUUACAUUCAGAAAGUAAUCUUUAAUGUAUAUAUAUACAUAUAUAUAUAUGUAUGUGUAUAUAUAUGUAUUAAUAAAUAUCAAGCUUUAUUCUGUCUUGUGAUCUCUCCUGAAAGUUUUAACAGGGAAAUCAAAACUUCAGAGAUUUCAGACUGUUAAUGGGAUGAUAUAAUUGCCUAAUACUUGCACAGAAAAAGCAGUAGUAUACAAGCAUGAAAACUUGCAACAUGAUAAGGCUGAGAAAUAGUACUGCACAUCUAUUAGAUAUUAAUUUUUUAGAGAUUACCAAAUAUAAUGAGAAAAAUUAUUUUUGAAAAAUAAAUAAAGAAAUAACCUCCCAAAGAAAAUAACUAAAACUACUCAUGAUAAAAUUCUUUUACCAGAUAUUUAUGCUAUUUGAAAGCCUGUAAGCAAUAAAGGAUUUAAAAUCUGUCCAUUCAUUCAUCUGGUUAUGUUAGAAGAAACUGUUACAAACUAUUGUAGGCAAAAAUUAAUGUCUGCAAAUAAACAGGGGUUUAAUUUGGUACAGUAUACCUGGAUUAAUUUAAAAACACUCUUUAAUGUUUUUUUGGUGAUAUGCUCAAUAAACAGCCCUAUUGCUGUUUAUUUUUUGUAUCUUCUACAUACUUUUUCUUUUUGGAACACAGUGUUGCAGGAGAACUAGGUACCCCGUAAACCAGGGAUUAUAUUUUCACAUCUUAAAAAGAACUUAGUUAAAGGCAUAUUUUGCUGGGAGGUGGUUUCUUUGAGAAGCAUUUGUCCAUGCAGCUGAAAGCUUAAUAAUAUAUGGAGUUUGCUAAAAGGAUCUGAACUGGGGUUUCCAUAUUUUUCAAUAGACAACUAUAAUUUGUCUACUGACACUUUUCACCAGAUUUUAAAUGAAUUUCUGAUGCUUCUUUAAAUCUUCAAAUGCAGCAUAACACAGGACAUCAGGGUCUGCAGCUGUGACAGCUGCCACCAACAGUUGGGGUUUUACCUCAAAGCAUCACAUUGUUUUAAGCUGACACUUACGCUUUGUCUUUUUUUCUGUAAUAUUUUCUCUUUCAGAAGCUGUAUGUUCAUCAGGACAUUGCAUUGUAAGCAGAAAGCUGCGUCUGCUUUAAAAUUGCUAAAUGCUGGCUACAUUUCCUUAGCUGAGGUUCCUGAAGUCUCUGCUAAGAGAAAUUUGAGUAAUUUUGGAAUUUAAGACUGAGGAUAAAAGGAAUCUGUAAAAUGAGGUCAUUUUGUAAAAAGAUCGAAGUAGUUGCUCUCGGUUUUGUGGGUUUUGGUUUGCUUUUUUCUCUUUUUACAGUUAUGACCCCGUUCUGUCACAACACUUUAAUUUACGUUAAUUUUUAAGCAUCAAUGGCGUGUUUGUAGGCUCGGACCUGAAUGCAGGAUCUCUGCAGAUAGAACGAGUCCUGAGCUGCUUUUUAGACUAAUGUUGUGCAACAAGUAUGAUAACUAUGGCAGCAAAGUAGAUAAGCAGUGCUCAGUACGUGGUACCUACUUGUAUAUUGUCAAACCUUCAGUAUCAGUUUACAAAGCUGCCCAGCAUGCUCAGCACAGCCCACAGAAUGUGGCAGCAAAUCCUGCUGGUGGUUGUUAGACCAGGAGAGGUAGUUCAAGGCACAGGCAUUCAAGUGGAGAAAUUAAAGGCAGUUCCUGAAACAGGUGGAAUAAAGAGCCAUUCCUACUCACUUUCCAAGUGGCAUCCAUCACGCCUUCCUACCUCAUCCAAAAGAUACCAGGGAUGAGACUUCACCAGUCAGUCAGCCUCCUCAGACAUCCCCCCUUCUUUCCAGCAGCUUGGGUGGUUAUCAGUGAAAAGUGAAUUACAAAACUGCACAGUGAGGUUUAUAGUAAAUUAAACAUUUUCAUCUUUUACCCAAGCUGUAAAAAAAAUCAAGUACAAUCAGCAUUUGUCUUCUAUUAGUUUAUACUACUGUUUUCAAAUGUAUCAGCUGUCAGUGUUUUGAAACCAAAAUGAAUGGAAUGGAUUUUAAAUAAUGAUUUUUAAUGCAACUUAAGAUUAAACUUUGUAAAUAGUACUGGGUGUGGAUCAUAGCAAUUUCUGAUAACUCCAGGAUGAUAUGACAAUCAAUGGAUCUACCAGUUGAGCUGCUCCCACCUUAUUUGUAUUAACGUAACAGUGCCAAUAUAUUUAAAGAAAUAAACUGUUACAUACAUGCAUAAAGAAUCAGUUUGUAGCAGUGGAGGCUCCACCUAUUUUGGAAAGAAUCUAAUGAUGUGGGGCACUCAGGUAUUAAGAAUACCUGGACUAUUUUAUGAUUGAAAGCUUCAUUUAGCUGAGGUAAGUUUAAUAACAAAUUAUUUAUUUUUACUUAUUAAAACAGUUACUCUGAAAGCAUAGAUUUAUAAAGCUGGUUGAAGAGACUUAAUGGCUAAAGAAUUAGUAAUAAUUAAGACAGUAAAGUCACAGCCUCUUUUUAACAUUAUAUGAUGGCAAUAUGCAUUGAUACUGUGUUAAGUUGCAACCAAAUUAAAUAGAAAGCCCUACAGCUGUCUUUGUACAUACACGAAAUGUAUAAUCUAAUAAAAUGGAAAACACAAAGUA